AUGACAGAUGACAGACUGUUUGGGAGGGGCAUAGUAGAAAGAAGGUUUUUGAAGAAGAAAAAAGAACCUACAACUGAAGUAGCAAGUACAUCAGCCGUUAGUUCUUCCGAGAAUACAGAUAGUAUGACUUCGUCUGAAGAAAUUCCUAGCACGCCUCAGGUGGAGAAAAAGAGGAAAAAACACUACAAACAAAAAUUUAGAUCAGAGUGGAUACGAAUCUAUCCUUGGUUAGAAGAAAAAAAACAACAAUCAUUCUGUAAAGCUUGCUCAAGAUUUAUUGCUGGAGGUUUUAAACAUUUAGGACGACAUGCAUCAUCCCAGACUCAUGAAAAAAAAACAUCAUAAAAGCAAAAAAGACACCAACCAUUGAAAAUUACUGUGAAAAUAAUGAUGUUUUAAAGAGUGUAUGUAGAGCAGAAUUGAAACUAACUAUGUUUAUCCAUGAGCACAAUCUGCCAUUUAUCCUUAUGGAUCAUUUAAUAUUAUUACUAUCUGUCAUAUGUCCCGAUUCUACAAUCGCAAAAGAACUAAAAUGUGCUAGGACAAAGGCGACAAAUGUUAC